AUGACUGAUAUAGUAGCAGACUCUGCCAACACGGUACCCAUCAGUGCCAUCGCAGUGCUCGGCUUCUUCGUUGGAAUUUCGAUCAUCCUCAUCAUCGGCAAGGUGAUCAAGGGACGUCGCGAUCCCAAGAGAAAGAAGGCCAUGGUCGCUGAUCAGCAGUGGCUCAGCGAUACGGGGAAAGAUGAUCUCUCGCCGGAUCAUCGUGCGAGACACGAGGCUGGGAGUCCAACCCAACUGCACCUUUCCGUCAAUCACCAAAACCCACAAGCCAAACAUCACAGAACGAACGUGUUCAAUCUGACUUACGUCCUAACCUACCUGCAAGCGUCCACUCCCACCAGCUACGACUCCUCUCGAGAAUACUCGGGUGUUGUCCCCAAAGACCCCUCGUCCAAACACACGAUGCUCUGCCUCAUGGCCGUCACGGCUUUGGCCCUCUCCCACAUCUGUGACUGGCGGGAGCGAAGGAAACGGGAUCAAAGACAGCAGGAUAGGCUUGCUGCCCUCGAGAAUGGCAUGAUGGAUCUCACGGGCAGGCUCCUGCCAAACCCAGGAUAUCCCCUACUCGACGAGGACGAUGAUUUCAAACUUCCACCACCCGCAUAUGAGCUUCACGAGGGGAUUCCUGAGGACUGA